AUGCAAAGCAUGCUGCUAAAAUUUUACAGGUAUAAAGUAAGAGAGGUAUUUUGUGCUGGUGGGUCUGCACUGGUAGAGUGGAGAUUGGAGACAGGGCGCACUCACCAGAUCCGAGCACAUGCUAAAUAUCUAGGGAACCCCCUACUUGGUGAUGAAACAUAUGGAGGUACCAAAAGCAUGGCAUUGUCACUUUUGAGACCCAGAACUCCUUCAAAAUAUCAUGGCGAUCUUUCAAAUCUGGUAUCGAAGAUAGACAGGCCAUGUCUCCAUGCUGCAUUACUUGGAUUCAAGCAUCCUCAUUCAGGAAAGGCACUUGAAUUCUCAUGUCCCCCUCCAGAUGAUUUUACUGAGGUACUUGAUGAACUACGACGUGUUACACCGAUGAGUGAUGGGCAAGAUAGCGACAGUGCUGCUCAAGUGUGA